GCACGUUUGACACAAGAUAAAAGGCAUCCAUCACCCAAUUCUCCAAACCACCACCACCAAAGACAGAUUCGCGGCAAUGCUUGUACAACUGCAGCAAGCUGCCAAGUCAUCUGCUCUCAAGGGCUUGAUGAAGCGCCAAAUUUUAAAGGGAAGUGCUUAUUUGCGUCCUACUGUGCUUUCUCGUCGUCAACAAAGCAAUUUGGCAGUUGGACAGUCCCAGCCGUUUGUCCCUACACCAAAAUACAUUCAACAGGAUCGGGAUGCCAUUGUUCGUAUUUUGUCUUCUGUUGGCAGCCGCCGUGAGGUUGAGCAGUACUUGAGAUACUUUACCUCGUUUGAAGCCCAGCGUUUUGCCAUUAUUAAGGUCGGUGGUGCCAUUCUUACCGAUGAAUUGGACACACUCGCCCAAAGUCUUGCCUUUUUGAACCAUGUCGGUCUCUAUCCUAUCGUUGUUCACGGUGCAGGCCCUCAGUUAAACAAAAUUCUAGCUAGCCGUGGCAUUGAAGCCCAAUACAGCGACGGUAUUCGCAUCACCGACGCCGAGACAUUGGCCGUCGCUCGCAAAGUCUUUUUAGAAGAAAACGCCAAACUUGUGGAAGCUUUGGAGCGUUUGGGUACACGAGCUCGUCCUAUCAUCGGAGGUGUUUUUCAAGCCGAAUAUCUGGACAAGGAAAAGUACAAUUAUGUUGGUAAAAUUGUCAACGUUAAUAAGGCUCCCAUCGAACACAGCAUCCGAGCUGGAACUUUGCCCAUCUUGACUUCUAUGGCCGAAACUGCUUCCGGACAAACAUUGAAUGUAAACGCUGACAUUACCGCUGGUGAGCUAGCCCGCGUCUUGAAACCAUUGAAGGUUGUUUACUUGAACGAAAAGGGUGGUUUAAUCCACGGUGUCACAAAAAAGAAGAUUAGCAGUAUCUAUUUAGAUCGCGAGUAUAACGACCUCAUGAAAGAGCCUUGGGUCAAGUAUGGUACCAAACUCAAAAUCAGAGAAAUUAAAGAGUUACUUGAUACUCUUCCUCGUACUUCUUCAGUAGCCAUCAUCAGUACGAAGGACCUCCAAAAAGAACUCUUCACUGAAUCUGGUGCUGGUACAAUGAUCUGCCGUGGCUUCAAAAUCAAUCACGCUGAUUCUUUGGAUUCCCUCCCCAGUAAGGCUUUGGAAGAUUUGAUUUUACAUCACAAUGCUCUCCCAUCUACCUAUGCUAGCGUCGAAGACUUCAAGAAAUCUUUUGCCAAUGCUAAACUUCGCGUCUACAGCGAUUCCUAUAACGAAUCGAUCGCUGUUGUCGAUCUCUCCAAUCCUGAAUUACCAGUCUUAGCUGCUUUUGGUGCUUAUGACCGCAACUGGCUCAACAAUGUUGUUGAUAGUCUUCUUUCUACUUUACGUACAGAUUUUCCAUCUUUGCUCUGGCGUCUUCAUCCCUCUACCAAGAAUUUGGAAUGGUUCUUUGCCAAAAGUGAAGGCACCCUUUUUGCCAAUAAUCUUUAUUAUUUUUGGUAUGGAGCAAAAGAUUUGAAUACAAUUUCUAAUUUUAUCAAAUCUGAUCAGCCCUUCGCUUCUGCCUGCUUAUCCUCAAACCUUGCCGAGGCCAACCCUAAAACAACCACCAACUCUGCCACACCUCCCAAUCCCCCUAAUACCGCUCAAAAGCGUUCUUUUUCUACGUUUUCUCGUUGGAAUUCUAAUAAAAUGAUUCGCCCAUUCGUUUCUAACGUUGCUAAACGCUUCUAUUCGGUAGAAGCUCAGCAGAUUCAUAAGCCUUUAAAGGCUGUCUCUUCUAAGCCUUCUAAGAUUGUUCUAUUGGGUGCUCGUGGCCAUACUGGAAAAAAUUUGAUUAGUUUGAUCAAUACUCACCCCCAUUUUGAGCUUUCUCACGUUUCUUCUCGUGAGCUCAAGGGUACCAAAUUACCUGGUUACAGUAAGAAGGAAAUUCACUAUGUAAAUCUUUCCGUUGAUGAUGUUAAGAAAUUGGAAGAAGAAGGCGAAGUUGACGCUUGGGUAAUGGCUUUGCCCAACGGCGUUUGCAAACCUUACGUUGAUGCAUUAACUUCUGCUAAUGGUAAGAGCGUGAUUGUAGAUCUUAGCGCUGAUUACCGAUUUGAGAACAACUGGAACUAUGGUCUUCCAGAGUUGAACGAUCGUGUUGCUUUGCGUAACUCUAAACGCAUUUCCAAUCCCGGAUGCUAUGCUACCGGUUCCCAGGUUGGUUUAGCUCCUAUCUUGUCUUUCAUUGGUGGACAACCCUCCAUUUUCGGUGUCUCUGGCUACUCUGGUGCUGGCACCAAGCCUUCCCCCAAGAACGACCUUAACGUUUUGACUAAUAACUUAAUUCCUUAUUCCUUGACUGAUCACAUCCACGAACGCGAAAUUUCUCACCAUUUGAACCAACCCGUGGCCUUCGUCCCUCACGUUGCUUCAUGGUUCCAAGGAAUUACUCUUACUCUCAAUGUUCCCCUUAAUAAGUCUAUUACUUCUCGUGAAUUGCGUAACCUCUACCAAGAGCGCUAUGCCGACGAACCAUUGAUUAAUGUUCAGGGUGAUGUCCCCCUUGUAAAGGAUAUCUCUUUCAAGAAUCACGUUUCUGUCGGUGGCUUUGGUGUUCAUUCUGGAGGCAAGAGAGCUGUUAUCGUGGUUACCAUUGACAAUUUGCUUAAGGGUGCCGCUACUCAAGCCCUUCAAAAUCUCAACUUGGCAUGUGGUUACGACGAAUACGCUGGUAUCCAAUUGGACUAAAUUACUUACCUCUUGACCGACCAUAUUCGAUUCCCCUCUUUUCAUAGAUUUAGAAUUGACUUAAAGCAUUAGGAUUUUGAUCAGCAAACCCAUUUUUGUUGAGGAGCUUAAAUGUCCUUUAUAAAUUUGCUUCCAAGGUACUCUUGUCAGUUUAAAUUUUAUUCCUUUUUCUGAUUACAAUUAUUUUAGACCUUUGUUCUUUGAUUUCUUUUUUAAUUGUUAUUGUCUUUUCAAGACAAUAUAAUAAAUAAAAUGACUCAAUUUUGCCCUUUUUGAUUUAAAAUGAACUCCAUG